AUGAGGGUCACAAUGCUCUUCCUUGGACUUCUUGGACUCUUCAUGGCUCCUGGUUUGGCUAGUUAUAAUAUCAACGUCAAUGACAAUGGCAAUGAGGCUGGAAGUGGGCAACAGAGAGUGAGCAUCAACAAUGAACACAAUGUGGCCAACGUUGACAACAACAAUGGAUGGAACUCCUGGAAUGCCAUCUGGGAUUACGAAAAUAGCUUUGCUGCAACCAGACUUUUUGCCAAGAAGUCAUGCAUUGUGCACAGAAUGAACAAGGAAGUUAUGCCCUCCAUUGAAACUCUUGAUGCAUUGGUCAAGGAGAAAAAGCUUCAAGGUAAUGGGCCAGGGGGACCACCUCCCAAAACCAUGGCCUUCUCUAUCAACCCUAACCAAGUUGAUGACCUGAGCCAAUUUGGAACCAAUAUUGCUGGCAUGUGUCAGGGAAUUCCAACAUAUGUGGCUGAAGAGAUUCCAGGAGAAAAUCUGCCUUUGUACUCAGAGAAGUGCUAUGAUGCUAAUAUACUCUGGAUUCUGAACAUGUCCUUCUGUCGAACAUCAGAGGAACAAUUUUAA